CCCGUUCCCCCCCACCCCCCCCCCCGCCCGCUCCCUGCGCUCCGGAGGCGGCGGCGGCGCAGCCCGGGCUCCGCGGCGCCCAGCCGGCCGGCGGGGGGGGGCCAUGGACUGAGCGGCACCAUGGGCGCCAAGGAGUCCCGCAUCGGCUUCCUCAGCUACGACGAGGCCUUGCGGAGGGUUACAGACAUAGAGCUGAAGCGACUGAAAGAUGCUUUCAAGAGAACUUGUGGACUCUCGUAUUAUAUGACCCAACAAUGCUUCAUCAGGGAAGUUCUCGGUGAUGGAGUCCCUCCAAAAGUUGCUGAGGUUAUCUACUGUUCGUUUGGAGGAAUGUCCAAAGGGCUGCACUUCAAUAACUUGAUAGUUGGAUUAGUUCUACUUACAAGAGGCAGAGAGGAAGAGAAAGCAAAAUACAUUUUCAGUCUCUUCUCUAAUGAAUCUGGGAGUUAUGUUGUUCGUGAAGAGAUGGAGAAGAUGCUGCAGGUGGUUGAUGGAAAAGUGCCAGAAUCUCUCAAGAAAUGUUUCUCUGAGGGUGAAAAGGUAAACUAUGAGAAGUUCAGGGUUUGGCUAUUGCACAACAAAGAUGCUUUCACAUUUUCCCGUUGGCUGCUGUCUGGAGGUGUGUAUGUGACACUCACUGAUGAUAGCGAUACUCCUACCUUCUAUCAAACACUGGCUGGAGUCACACACUUGGAAGAAUCUGACAUCAUUGAUCUUGAAAAACGAUACUGGCUGCUAAAAGCUCAAUCAAGAACUGGACGUUUCGAUUUAGAAACAUUUGCUCCCUUGGUUUCACCUCCUAUUCAUCCAUCUCUGAGUGAAGGUUUGUUUAAUGCCUUUGAUGAAAACCGAGACAAUCACAUAGAUUUUAAAGAAAUUUCCUGUGGGCUCUCAGCAUGUUGCAGGGGGCCCUUGGCAGAAAGACAAAAAUUUUGCUUCAAGGUUUUUGACAUUGACCGGGAUGGUGUGCUGUCUCGCACGGAACUUAAAGAAAUGGUGGUUGCACUUUUAGAAGUCUGGAAGGAUAACCGUACUGAUAAAAUACCUGAACUGGACAUGGAUUUGUCUGAAAUUGUAGAAGAUAUUUUGAAUAUGCAUGAUAACACAAAGCUUGGACACCUCACUCUGGAGGACUACCAGAUAUGGAGUGUGAAGAGUGCUCUUGCCAAUGAAUUUUUAAAUCUACUCUUUCAGGUGUGUCAUAUAGUUUUGGGGCUACGACCUGCCACUCCAGAAGAAGAAGGACAGAUUAUUAGAGGCUGGUUAGAAAGGGAAAGCAGAUACGGCCUUCAGCCAGGGCACAACUGGUUUCUUAUUGCAAUGCCAUGGUGGCACCAGUGGAAGGAAUAUGUCAAAUAUGAUGCAAACCCUGUUGUGAUAGAGCCUUCAUCUGUCUUGAGUGGAGGUAAGAAUUCACUCAUAGCUGCUGCAGACAAUACUUCAGAACAGGGAGAAGACAAAAUGGGAGGUCUUAAUUACUUCAGUGCAACAGAAGAAAAGUUUUCAGAUAAUAUUUCUACUGCAUCAGAAGCCUCAGAGACUACUAGCAGCAAUGCUCUUUACCCUGGCACACCAGGGGCUGAUGUAUGUUUCGCUAGGCAGCAUAAUACUUCAGACAACAAUAACCAGUGUUUCCUUGGAACCAAUGGGAAUUCUUUGCUACAACUUAAUCCUCAGAAGCCAGGAGCUAUUGAUAACCAACCCCUUGUAACGCAAGAACCAGUGAAGGCUGCAUCAUUAACAAUGGAGGGUGGAAGAUUAAAGCGAUCACCACAACUGAUCGAAGGAAAAGACUACAUAAUGGUACCGGAGCCAGUUUGGAGAGCACUUUACCAUUGGUAUGGAGCAAAUCUGUCCUUGCCCAGGCCGGUGAUCAAAAACAGCAAAACAAAUGUGCCUGAACUAGAGUUAUUUCCUCGCUAUCUGCUCUUUCUGAGACAGCAGCCUGCCACUCGAACACAGCAGUCAAACAUCUGGGUGAAUAUGGGGAAUGUACCUUCACCGAAUGCUCCUUUAAAGAGAGUGUUGGCUUACACCGGCUGCUUCAGUCGAAUGCAAACGAUUAAAGAGAUACACGAAUAUCUCUCUCAGAGGCUACGUAUAAAAGAAGAAGAUAUGCGCCUCUGGUUAUACAACAGUGAGAACUAUCUUACUUUGCUUGAUGAUGAAGAUCACAGAUUGGAGUACCUUAAAAUCCAAGAUGAGCAGCAUUUAGUAAUAGAAGUUCGAAACAAAGACAUGAGCUGGCCUGAAGAGAUGUCUUUUAUAGCAAACAGCAGUAAAAUAGACAGACAUAAAGUUCCUACUGAAAAGGGUGCUACUGGAUUAAGCAAUCUGGGUAACACAUGUUUCAUGAACUCGAGCAUCCAGUGUGUCAGUAAUACGCAACCUCUGACACGGUAUUUCAUCUCAGGAAGACAUCUUUAUGAACUUAACAGGACAAAUCCAAUAGGAAUGAAAGGACACAUGGCCAAGUGCUAUGGGGAUUUGGUUCAGGAGUUGUGGAGUGGGACUCAGAAGAAUAUAGCACCAUUAAAGUUGCGGUGGACAAUAGCGAAAUAUGCUCCAAGGUUUAAUGGCUUUCAACAGCAAGACUCACAGGAGCUUCUAGCUUUUCUUUUGGAUGGUCUUCAUGAGGAUUUGAAUAGAGUUCAUGAUAAACCAUAUGUUGAACUGAAAGAUAGUGAUGGUCGACCAGACUGGGAAGUAGCAGCUGAGGCCUGGGAAAACCACCUGAGAAGAAACAGAUCCAUUGUCGUAGAUUUAUUUCAUGGGCAGCUGAAGUCACAAGUAAAGUGUAAAACUUGUGGACAUAUAAGUGUUAGAUUUGACCCUUUCAAUUUUUUAUCCUUACCUUUGCCAAUGGAUAGCUACAUGCACCUAGAAAUUACAGUAAUCAAAUUAGAUGGUACUACGCCUGUUCGAUAUGGCCUGAGACUGAACAUGGAUGAAAAAUAUACAGGUUUGAAAAAACAGUUAAGUGAACUCUGUGGGCUGAAACCAGAACAGAUACUCCUUGCAGAAGUUCAUAGCUCCAAUAUAAAGAACUUUCCUCAAGACAACCAGAAAGUCCGGUUAUCAGUGAGUGGGUUUUUGUGUGCAUUUGAAAUACCCAUUCCAGGAUCACCUACAUCAGCAUCAAGUCCUGUGCAGACAGAUACCUCGACUGGAUCAUCAACUAACGGAGCACCCAACAUAAUGAUGAAUGGGGACCUUCCCAAACCAACCCUGAUUCCCAAUGGAAUGCCAAAUACUGUAGUGCCAUGUGGAACAGAGCGUAACCUUGCCAACUGGACUCUGAACGGUCACGUGCCCUUGAUUUCUGACAGUCCGUGUACAGGGUAUAUAAUUGCAGUCCAUAGAAAAAUGAUGCGGACAGAACUGUAUUUUCUUUCAUCUCAGAAGAAUCGCCCUAGCCUCUUUGGAAUGCCACUGAUUGUUCCUUGUACAGUUCAUACACGGAAAAAAGACCUGUAUGAUGCAGUAUGGAUUCAGGUUUCCAGGCUGGCUAGCCCUCUCCCACCUCAGGAAGCUAGUAAUCAUGCACAGGACUGUGAUGAUAGCAUGGGAUAUCAGUAUCCAUUCACCCUAAGAGUAGUUCAGAAGGAUGGAAAUUCUUGUGCUUGGUGUCCAUGGUACAGAUUUUGCCGUGGCUGUAAAAUUGAGUGCACAGAAGACAGAGCUUCUGUUGGUAACGCUUACAUUGCUGUAGACUGGGAUCCAACAGCACUCCAUCUACGCUACCAGACAUCACAGGAACGGAUUGUAGAAGAACAUGAAAGUGUUGAACAAAGCCGACGAGCUCAAGCAGAGCCCAUCAAUCUGGAUAGCUGUCUUCGAGCCUUCACCAGUGAGGAAGAACUGGGGGAGGAUGAGAUGUACUACUGUUCCAAAUGCAAGACCCAUUGUCUGGCUACAAAAAAACUAGAUCUUUGGAGGCUUCCUCCUAUUUUGAUCAUUCACCUGAAAAGAUUUCAGUUUGUAAAUGGCCGCUGGAUAAAAUCUCAGAAAAUUGUUAAAUUUCCCCGAGAAAAUUUUGACCCAAGUGCCUUUUUGGUACAAAGGGAUCCAAGUCAUUUUCAAAGAAAGCAAUUAACUCCUCAAGUUGAUGACCUUCCUGAACCACGGACCCCUCUCCAAGGGGAGUCCAAAAAAAUAGAUCUGCAGAUUACUUACACAGCAGAAGGAGAUGCACUGAACAGAAGUCCAUCGUCCCUUAACACCACCAAUGUCUUGAAUAAUAUCAAAGCAUCUCCAUCUCUGGGGAGGAAAAGUGGAACCAGCUGUCCUUCGAGUAAAAACAGUAGCCCAAACAGUAGCCCAAGGACUUUAGGAAGAGGCAAAGGCCGCUUGCGGCUACCACAACUGGGUAAAAACAAACUGUCAAGUAGCAAAGAAAAUUUGGAUGCAAGUAAAGAGAACGGUACUGACCAGGAGCAGAAAUUUACUUCUGAUCGAAGCGAUGCUCUUACCAGAGGGCAGAUUUUGGGUGGUAGCCAGAGUGAACUGUAUACUGCUCAGGACAAUGAGGUGACUCUAGCCAAUGGAUAUAUUUGUGAACAGAAUGCAUAUAGUAACGGCAGUAUCAACGGUCAAAUUGAUAACCACAGCGAGGAUGAUAUUACAGAUGACCAAAGAGAAGACGUUUGUGUUAACCCUAUUUACAAUCUAUAUGCAAUUUCGUGCCAUUCAGGAAUUAUGGGAGGGGGUCAUUACGUCACUUAUGCCAAAAACCCAAACAACAAGUGGUACUGCUACAAUGACAGUAGCUGUAAGGAAUUGCAUCCUGAUGAAAUCGACACCGACUCUGCCUACAUUCUUUUCUAUGAGCAGCAGGGGGUAGACUAUGCACAAUUUCUGCCAAAGAUUGAUGGCAAAAAGAUGGCAGACACAAGCAGCAUGGAUGAAGACUUUGAGUCAGACUAUAAGAAGUACUGUGUUUUACAGUAA